AAUUUUGGGCGGGUCUUUCGGAAAACAAAAUGGCGUCCGGCAAGGCUGUCCUUGAUGAUAAAGAUAAAAUAGCUCGUCAAUUGGCGCAGAAUCUGAGAAAUGAUUUCCACUUGCUGUCAAAUGAAGCAAAGAAGAAGUAUCCGUCAGUAAAGGAGGCUUCAGAAAGAGGAGGAAUGAGAUUAAAGCAUCUUUCAGAGCAAUUUGGCUUUUCUUUAAGAGUACUCUCAGCAACAGAAGAUGUGGUUCGUCCAUUACUAUUUGCCUGCGAGUCUCAGAAUCCAAGACUAAUUUCAAUAUCUUUGUCAUCACUGCAACGCUUGCUCCAGUACAAUGCCAUACCACCGUCGUCAGUUGACAGUAUCCUUUCAACCCUUGAACGAUUAGUCGAUAAUAAUUUAGAAGAAUUGAAAAUAUUACAGACAAUAUUAAUUUUAUCAACAGCCACUGAUCUUAUCAAAGGGAAGACCUUAACAACGGUCCUGAUAAUUUGUUUUAAAUUGUACAAUAAUCGUGAUAUUAAUAUUCACAAUACUGCCAGUGUCACCAUUAGACAGAUUGUUCAAAAUUUAUUCGAUCGCCUGAGCCAAUUGGCCGAGAAAGGUGGUCUCAAUAGUCCAGAGCCUCCUCCCCCUGACUCCUCCCCCUCUGUUAGCGUUGAUCAUAGACAAUUACCUGUUCAAGUUAGGGAUGGAUACUUAAUAUUUCAAGACUUGUGUUUCCUAAUAAACGGUGAUCCAGCUGCCUGGCUGCCUCAAUCAUUAAACAUUGAGUUGGGACUUGGACUGGAAUUAUUAGAAAUCGUCCUAAAAGGAUACCCAGCCAUAUUUGCUAAAGAGAAGUUGUUCAGUGUAUUAUUAACUGAGAGGGUGUGCCCGCUAGUUAUUAAGUUGUUUUCUCCAAGUUCUAAACACAGGCACAUUCUCUCUCACUCUUCAUCUUCUUUAUUACAAUCAGACAGACCGACAUUUGCACUCCAUAUAAGGCUAUUGAGGAUACUUAGAAUUCUGAUCAAGGAAUAUUUUAUUAUACUAACGACACAAUGUGAAAUAUUCUUAUCAAUGCUUGUCAGAUUUCUUGACUCUGAUAAACCACUCUGGCAGAGAGUCCUAGCAGUCGAAGUACUUCAUUUAUUUGUUAAUGACAGCUUCCUAUUAAAAUCGUUUUGUGAGUGUUACGAUAUGCAUGAGCACUCCACUAAUGUAUUCAAAGAUAUUAUUGAUGGAGUUGCUGCUUUCAUUCAAUCAAAUCUCCACCAGUUGAUGUCUUCAUCAGCUCCGACAAUCGGCGCUAGUGGUAGCAGUUCUGCCAAUACUCAAGCAGUAGCUGAUGUCACUAAUAUUAAUAGUUAUCAUGUUUUCCAAUACAAGUCUCAUAUUGUUUAUUAUGAGAAACUUACAUCAUCAGCUCCUAACAAACCACACCUACUUGAGAUGUUAGAUAAAGUGGAGAUACCUAACAUUCCCGAAGGCUAUGGUCUAAUCCUCUCAGUUAAUGUACUCAUGGAUCUCAUCAGAAGCCUCUCAUUAAUAAUACACCAGCAAGGGUCUCCCCCUGCCUCAGCCAAGACCUUCACUUCUUCCUUAUUAGGAAAUUUCUCUCCAAACGAUAUCUCUAUAAAUUUAUUGAAUUCCUCCUGGUCGGCCGUUUUAGCAUCUCUGUCUUUAUUACUGGACACUGUUGUGGAUGAGUACACUAUUAAGAAGAUACUUGAAGUUUUUAGAAUAUUUAUCGAAUUAUGCGGAACUAUGAAACUAUCGUCCCCUUGUGCUGCAUUUUUAACAGUGCUGUGUAAAGGUUCUCUGCCUCCUAAAUACUCAAUGCAGUUGAUCGGGCAGACCCAGACAGGUAGGAGCUCACAGUCCUCAAUGGUGAGCAAGAAGAAGGCGAGUGACGGUAUUGAGGCAAUGCAGGAUCAAUGGAAGUGCACUGGAAAGAACUUUGAGUGUAUCCUCACACUCCUGCACUUGGUCCAUCAGCAUGGGGACAUACUCUCUGAAUCCUGGAACAUCAUUUUAACCACUUUACAAUAUAUUAGGAUUGCACUUGGAGUUAAGUCUGGAAUCAAAAAAUUAGCAGAAAGCACGAACACGGUUGGUGAUAAGAGAUUGGAGAUUAUUGCUAAAUUUGAUGAUUUAUUUACCAACAGCAAAUUUUUGUCUGAGUCCAGUUUACUUUCAUUAAUUAGCUCUUUGUGUAUUUUAUCUGAUGAUUCUAUUCAAAAUAAAGAUAUUGGUCUAUUCCCCAUUUAUUGUUUGCAUGAAGUUGGUGUUAGUAAUAUCAAUAGAAUAACAAUAAUAUGGAAACAGAUCAGCACUCAUUUGACACAAUUGUGCAAUUGUUCAGAUGUCAGUGUUAGAAUCGAGUCAGUCGAUGCAUUAAUUAACUUGAUUAAAAAAGGUUUGAUACACUUUGAGUCCGACGUAGCGCUCCAGUCGACAAUACUGGCCCCACUACUCUCCCUCUCUCAAGUCUCUCAGUCUGAUGUCAUAUUGAAGCAGUUUGAGUGCAUUGAGCAGCUACUCCACAAUAACCAAUUGAUGAAUGAAGACUCGUGGAUGAUCGUCUUGAAUAUUAUCAAUAACGCAUCGAAACUACCAAGUGAGUCUUUGGUGAGAACAGGUUUUCAGUCUCUCCAGUUGAUAGUUACGGAUUAUUUGCAAUUACUGCCUCCUGUGUGCCUGCCAGUUUGUGUGGACAGUGUUGGCCAAUACGGGCAACAAUGCCAGGAUAUUAAUAUAUCAUUAACAUCCAUUGGGCAACUGUGGAAUAUUGCUGAUUAUUUGCAUCAGAAUCGCGAGACAUUAAAGCCGCUAUUGUCAUCCAUUGAAGUCCCUUCAGUGAAAAGGAGCGAUAGAUUAUUACUCCAGUAUAGUUCACUGGAUGUGUUUGAUGGGAUUUGGAUGUUACUCUUUCAAUGUCUCUCUAAUCUCAUUGUUAAUGACCAGUCUGCCAUAAGGAAGAGUGCUGCUCAGACGUUAUUCUCAACACUGAGUGUUCACGGUACCAUAUUGCAGUGGAACACAUGGCAGGCUGUUCUUUGGUCGGUUUUAUUUAUUGUGCUAGAGAAAGUCCAACAGUCAGUGUUGUCUGCUAGCACAAUGUCUUUGUCUACAGAAACCAAGUUAAUGAUUCAUCACACGAGAGAUACCGAUCAAAAGCAAUGGGCAGAAACUCAAGUGUUAGUGUUAAAUGGUAUAUCAAGGGUUAUACAGUCUCGUUUGCUAUCAUUAUCCUCCAUUGAUGGGUUUGAUAGAGCUUGGACUACACUCCUGGAUACCAUAAAAGAAUGUGCUCACUCCAACAGUGCUGAGGUGUCAUUGGCUGCAUUAAAUAGCUUCAAAAUGAUACUAGACAUUAGCAGUGAUGGUAUGGAGAACAGAGAGGACUCUAUUGCUUCCUUAUGGGAAAAGGCCUGGUCCACUUGGGUGGCAAUUGGCAACAAGAGCAUCAUCAUUCCACCGGAAGACUCAAUCCGUGAUUUCCUCUCUUCAUACCAGUCUCAGAAUGACAUUGAUAAAUUCUUUAACGAUAUUCCUAGCCAAACAUUCCUAAUAAGCUAUUUAGAGAUAUUCCCUUUUCUCACUGCACACUACCCAGUCACAUAUCAGCGUUUAAACACAGCCACUAGCAUAUUCCGUAACUCAUUACUAAUGCCUGUAUCUAGGGAUGUCUCUCCAUUCCUAGUUCCCUCAACAAACGACAGUUUAAUUACAUCCCUUCAGAGGAACGUCCUCUCCUGUAUAGUCUGUAUGUUCACUGGUGACAACGUCUUCGAUGAAGAGGAACAUAAAACGAAGAACUCUUUAAUAAAUAAAUCAAAAAUUAGCAACAUCGAGAGACAGUUAACAUUAUUUCCUGAGUCUUACCCCCUCAUGUCUAUAGUAAUUAACGAACUUUUAUUGUACUCUUCGUAUUCGUGGACUCCUCCGCAGCCUCUUUCAUUAGUCCCACUUGAUGUGAAGUCUCCGAUUGUUAAUGUUAAUAUGAAUCCUUUCUCUAUGUCCUGUUUGACUCUGUCCCUUCAAUUAUUUGCCAGUUAUAUUGUCAACAACAAGGAGCUUGCCAACGCAUAUGUACAAACCUUUAUUAAAGUGUUGCAUGUUCCUUUAAAGUUAAGAUACUCUUUGACUCCGGCCUCCUUGUGGAUAAUUCCAUUGAAUGUUUUAUUAUCGUUACUUAAAUUAUGCCUUCCAAUGUUGAAGCAAGACAGUGACGUUUGGAACCAAUUAAUUGUUAUCUUUAAAGAUUUCCUCUUUGCUGAAAUAACACAAGAAGAAUCAUUAAUGAGCGAAGAAGAGAUCAAGAAUUCUGAGGAAAUUGAUAUUACACUAAUAAAAACUGUGUCGUUACUAUUGUUUGAAGGAGAAGAGGUUAAUAAUGUUCCUCAAUCUUUUGUAACAAACUGGACAACACUGUUGAAUAAAGGCUCUUUAUUAACAGGAGCUAGUAGUCAAAUUCCUUUGAGAGAAACUUUUGCUCAAAAUUGUUUUGAAUUGCUUUUGCAAUUGUCAUUUAUGGAAGAAGAGAAUAACUCACAGGAUGCUUUAACGGCAAUUUUGGAAAGAUCUGAAAAUGUUUUGAAAGGCUACAUUGAAGAAGAGAGACUGAGUGGUAGCUGUCCACCAUCAAGAUCUUCAAUGAAUGAAGUUGUUCUUGUAUUAAAAUCUCUGACUUUUCUAAUACAAUCUCUUAAGCACAAGAAAGCUGUUGAUUCGUCUCUGUGGCCUAAGCUAUGCUUGCUGUAUCCAUUGCUAGUUGACACAGUCACUUGCAAUAGUUUGGAAGUUAGGCUGUGUUUGAAAGAUACCCUCAAUGAAUUUUCUGACAUAAUCUCAAGAAAUAUUACUUAAUUGUUUUUUAAUUUGAAUAGUAAGAGCUCGUUUUGUAAACAAUAGUCUA